AUGUUGUCCAGCAGCAGCGCCGCCGCCGCCGCGAUUGCCGGAGCCUCAUCCUCAUCAGCCACAGCGGCAGCCGAAGCGGCAGCAGUGACGGCGGCAGCAGCAGCAGCAGCAGCAGCAGGAGGAGGUCGCGCCGCGCCGCACCUCCCGCCGCCGCCGCCGCCGCCGCCCGCGGCGCACACGCUGGCGCCGUUUCUGAGCAAGACGUACGAGCUGGUGGACGACGCGGCGACGGACGGCGUGGUGGCGUGGACGGGCAGCGGCGUGAGCUUCGUGGUGUGGCAGCCCGCGGAGUUCGCGCGCGACCUGCUGCCGCUCUACUUCAAGCACAGCAACUUCUCCAGCUUCGUGCGCCAACUCAACACUUACGUGCGUGGUGGGCACCGUUACCUCGAGGCAGCGAGUAGUCAAACCCUGGUGGGGGAAACAGCUGCUGCUGCUGCUGUGUCCGCGUUGACUGGGUUGACCGGGUUGACUAGGAUGACUGGAGUUGCUGGGGUGACUGGGAUGACUGGGGUGGCGACGGCCAUGCCUGGUGGAUUGGCUGAUACAGCUGGGAUGACCGCGAUGACUGGGAUGGCUGCUACGUCCAGAAUGGCUGCUACAGCCGGAAUGGCUGCUACAGCCGGAUUGGCUGCUACAGCCGGAUUGGCCGCAAGUAUGAUGACAGGAAUGGCUGCUACAGCUGGAGUGACUGGGAUGGCUGGAUUGACUGGCAACUUGACUGCUGGCAUGGCCGCUACAGCUGGCAUGGCCGCUACAGCCGGCGUAGCUGGCAGCAAGGCCGGCAGCAUGGCCGGCAGCAUGGCUCCGUACAGUGUGCCGAGUCUCAUACUCGACGCGGGCGCGCGCGGUAUGGGCGCAUUCGGCCUGGCGGAAGAGCCAAGCCACCUGGGGAUGGGGGACGACAGAGUCGCGCUGCUGCGCCGUUCAGCCGCGGGGGCGGGGCCGGUGGGAGCGCCGGGGGCGGCGGGGGUGGCGGGGAACAACACGGUGGAACGCGGCGCGUUCGGGCUGUCGGGGGAGGAGCUGAGCCAACUGCGGGAAGGGUUGGACAGAGGCGCGCUGCUGCGCCACCAGCGUUCCGCCGGAGCUGCGGGCGCGGGCGCGGGGGCGGCCGUGGGCGCGGGGGCGGGGCCGGCGGGGCUGGGAGCGCCGGGGGCGGCGGGGAACACGGUGGAGCUGGGCGCGUUCGGGCUGUCGGAGGAGCUGAGCCAACUGCGGCGCGACCGCGGGGUGUUGAUGCGCGAGCUGCUGCGCUCGCGGCAGCAGGCGGCGGCGAGCGCGGAGAAGCUCGCGCUGCUGGAGGCGAACAUGGCGGCGCAGGAGCAGCGCCAGGCGCACAUGACGGCUUCCAGUCACGGGGGGUCUUGUAUUGGUGCAGGGGGUGGAGGAGGGAGUCCAGAGUGGUUGAAAGCGGUUACCGCUGGGAUGGGCGCGGCUGGUCUCGGUGCCCCUGGCUUUGCUGCUGCUGCUGCCGCCGCUGCCGCGGCUGCUGCCGCUUCUACUGCGGUUGGGAUGGAUGUGGAUGGGUGCACGGACCUGGGCAACACUCACAAGCGUGGGUUUGACAGCGGAAACACGGGAUUCCCCCAAAACGGUAUGGGAGGCGCUGCAGGCAUGGAAACGGGCAUGAAUGCAGGCAAGGAGACUCGAGGCAUGGAGGGUAUGGGAGGGAUGGGAGCGGGGGGAGAAUUGGGGGCAUUGAAAGGAAUCGGAGGAAUGGGGGACAGUGUGGGUGCACGUGGUGCGAGAGUGAACCUGUUUCCCCCGCAUGGCAGCAAGGAGCAGGUAGCAGCAGGAGGAGCAGGAGGAGGAGCAGCAGGGGGAGCAGGGGGAGGGGUGUAUUUCGUGAGUGGGGCGGGCAACAUGGGCAUGCACUCUCAGAUCUUUUUCAAGCGCCACAAGAACAGCAGUGGCACUAGUGCCGGUGCCAGCACGGGUGUUGCUGGUGCUGCCGGUGGUGGUGGGGAGGAGGAGGGGACUGCGUUUGGCAGUGCCAGCAGCAGCAUGGGUGCUGCUUCUGCAUUUGACCAUGGUAGUGCGGAACCUUCGAAGAGCUUUCUUCCCGGGCUCCAGGAGCAGGAAAAAGGCGAGCCAAAUCACAGUCCCGACGCUGCUUAUAACGAGUACGGUCUCAGCGAGCCGCUGGCCAACCCGUUCGGCCGCCCGCCGCCGCCCGGAUUCACCAUGGAGCGGUUUGACGUGCUGGGCGGGCAGCUGGUGUCGUAUCUGACGCCCAUGGGCGCUGCUGCUGCCAGUGCUGCUGUGGCUGCCGCUGCAAACCCCCUAGGGGGGACCCUAGGGGGAACCCUUGGGGGAUCCCGUGAAGGGGAGCUAACAGGGGGGCGUACAGGGCAGUUUGGGUCCCUUACAAGGCAGCUUACUGGAUCACUUGGCGGGCCAACUGCAGGGCAGCUUACAGGGGCGUUUGGAGGGGCGUUUGGAGGGUUGGCUGGAGCAGAAGGGGUGUAUGAUAGCGUGUUUGGGGAGGGUGUUGGCGGGAGUCUGAACCUGGUCGGCAUUGGUGGUAUUUGGGGGGGAUUCGAGGGGGCUCAGAAGAUUGGUGGAGCAGAGAACAUGUAUGAGCGGAUGUUUGGGGGAGGCGUUGUUGCUGCUAAUGGUGCUGGUGCAUCAAAUGCAGCAUCAAGUGCGGCCACUGCUUCUUCAGCAGCAGCGGUGGGUACGGGCAUGGGCAUGGGCAUGGGCAUGGACACGAGUAUGGGGGUAGCAGCAGCGCUGGCAGGAGGUCUCCUUGGGGGGACCGCUGCCAUUGGUUUGACAGGAGGAAGUUCGGCAGGAGGAGGUUUGGGAGGAGCAGCGUCAGGCUUGGCAAGUGGCUUGUCUGGGGCACGAAGCCUAGCAGAGCUCUUCGCUGCCGAAGCAACUCACUGCACUACCACUGCCGUGCCUCCUCCCACUAUCCCCGCUCGCUCUUUCCCCAGUCGCCCGCCUGCAGUGAAUCCCAUCCAGCACCCUGCUGUCCUACCUCCCUUUACCUCCACCCUCGCCCCUCCCCACCCGUGCCCUCGUAGUCCUCCCCCUCUUGCUGGGGCUUUGCCGGUUGGCAUGCCUCCCACUCUACCUCCCACUCUUGCUCCCGCCCUUACUGCUCCAACCCUCGCUGCUUCAACCCUCGCUGCUUCAAAUCUCGCUGCUUCGAGUCUUGCUGCCUCGACCCUCGCCCCUGUGCUACCUGCAACGCCCAUCUCUCUGGACUCACUCGCUACAACCACGUCAACUUCAGCCGCUGCAGCUGCUACAGCUGCUACAGCCAACUCGUUUGAUGACGUGGCUCUAGCAGGUAGAGCCGCUUCAGCUGCCGCCCUGGCUGCUACAGCUGGGAGCGUGGGGAUGGGUGCUACAGAUGCGAGCAUGGGGAUGAGUCAGAAUGCGUCUGCGGUGUUCAGAGGAGAGGGGGAGGCUGAUGAUGAGGCGUUUUGGCAGCAGCUGCUGAGUGAAGGGGGGCAGUGA